AGGAAAUAAGACAAUUAACGGCGUUUAAUUAACGGCGUUUUAUUAAACGUCACGUUUGCUAAUUUUUAACGGCGUUUUGUAACCGUCGCAUAUUUUUUAAAACCAAAACGGCACCGUUUCCAAUUGAAGGCGCUUAAAAGCGCCUCCGAAUGCUGUAGCUACACGCGCCCCUUUAUGAAACCCUUAUUUUUUAAUCUGAGUGCGAAGUGUAAUACAAUUUCGCGCACAUCUCUCUCUCUCUCUCUCAGCGACGAAGAAGACGGAGGAGAUCAAUCGGCUGUUCUUGAAGCUUGAAUACGCACACAUCUCUCUCUCUCUCAAUCCGUAUACGCACACAUUUCUUCAUCGAAGCUCCAUCUGCACCUGCGAUUUCAAAGAUUCAGAGCGAUUUCGAAGCGAUUUCGAAGAUUCAGAUGGAUUUCGAGAUUCAGAGCGAUUUCGAAGCUCCAUCGCCACCGUCAUCUGCACCGGCGAGAGAUUCAGAGAGAGGCAUUCUGACUUGAUCCUCAUUUACUGAACUUUAAUCGAUACUCUCUCUCUCUCUCUUUCUUUCGAAUUUUACUGCAUGUAUAACAUUUGUAUACAUCAAUAUUUGUUGAAUUGUUGAAUUGUUGAAUUGAUCUGUUAGGUUCUUUUUUGAUCUCUCUAUAUACAUAUACAUACAGCACACCCUAUCUCUCUCUCUCUCUCUCUCUCUUUUCUGGAAGUUCAUUUUGAUGGCGUCUGAAACCCUAGAAGACAAGAAACAAGAAGAAAUAGCUAACGUCGAAGACAAAGGUGAAGUGAAAGAAGAAGGGAAAACAGAGGAGGGUGAAGAAGAGAAGGAAGCGGAAAAGAAAGAAGAGGAUACGGAAAUGGCGGAGAAGGAAGAAGAAGAUGAGGAGAAGGAAGAACCUGAGGUGAAAGGUGAAGAGAGUAAGGAGGAAGCAGAGGAGGUAAGCAAGAAGGCGAAGAGAGGCCGAAAGGGUAGUUCGAAGAAAGCUGCAAAAGAUGAGAAGGCGGCGAAGAGUGAGCCCGGCUCGAAAGAGCCUGUUACGCCAAUUGAGAGGCCGAUCAGGGAGAGGAAGACUGUCGAGCGGUAUUCGGAGCCUUCGACUGGGAGAAGUGCAAGCAAAGCAUUGUCCAUUGAGAAGGUGUUGACAGUAAAUUUAUGCUAUACUUUUUUUUCCCCCUUAGUAAUUGUGAAUUUUCUCACAUUGUGUUUUGUAAAUAUGCAGGGUCAAGGCACACAGCUUAAGGAUAUACCAAAUGGUAUGUGUUCACACAUAAAUUGUAUGGGUGUAUUAGAAGCUUGAAUAAUAUUUUUGCCUUGAACAUCCAACAAUGCACUAAAAUGUGGAAUUAUUUUAUCUGCACUAUUUGAAAUGUCCAAUCAUUUCAGUUGUCUGACCUGCCUAUUGAAAACCAAAAAAUUUGUAGUGAAGUGUAUAGUUGAUAAAAUCAUAUUGUGAAUCAAAAUAUUAAUUUUGCUAAUUGUGAAUCAAAUUGAAAUGAGAAUUGUAAGAUUUGACACAAAAU